CGUGAGAGCCUUCGGCUUUGUGGCGUCUUGUGGCGUCUUGCACCCGUCGCAGGAGGCCGCACGAGCGUAUUGUUGUACGUUACGUGAUAGCCAUUGACCGUCACCAUUGACGCAAGCGACCGUUUGUGCUCCUCGUGCUGCAGCCAUUGCAAACAAACACAAGGCUGUCAAUACUCUCAGUGCAAACGCAGCGUACGCGCAAUUGCUGACGAUGAGCCGCCGCGGAACCGUCGUCCGCGCAUCACCGGCAACAUUCGCGGGCCUCGAGAAAGCCGCCCGCCGUCAAAACGCCAAGGGUGUCUACAUCGAACGCGGACCGCACACCAAGGCGGCGCAGAUCGCGACGUGGCUGAAUGGCCAGGAGGAAGAAGACUUGAUGUUCGGCGAGUUCGCGUCUGCACAAUUACUCGUCGCGCCGCCGCCCUGUGAAGACAGCGAUUGCGACGACGACCACGAGCUCGCGACGGAGGAGGACGUCGAGGCCGCGCUGGACCAGCUAGUGUCCGAACUCCCAGACUCGUUCCGCGCGGCCGUCCGCGACGACGCGGCGGCGCUCGUGCGCCUGUCGCGGCGGCUCUCGCCGGCCACGCCGUGGCUCACGCUGCGCAUCGAGAUCCUGCACGAGGAAGCGUGUUGGCGCUGGCACCAGGACGGCUACUGCGGGCGGACCCUCGUGUGCUACGUCGGGCCCGGGACCUUGGCCGCGGACGACGCACAGGUCGAUUGGGACGCAUUCGAGGCGUCCAUGGGCGAGGAGGACAACGAGCACGUCGUCUCGUCAUGCCAUGAAAUUCCCACGAACGCUGUUCUAUUGAUGAAGGGCGACGCGUGGCCCGGGAUCAAAGGCAGCGGACUCACGCACAAAUCCCCCCGCGGCCAGCCGCCGCUCCCGAAGCGCGUGCUCCUGAAGUGCGACCUGACCGACUUCCGGCCCAUGCUCGCGUACGAGGACGACCCCCUGCUGGACGACGUGGCUUCCCGGUCCCGGUCGCGGUCCCGCUCCCGGUCGCCGAAGCCUCCGCCGACGCCGCGCCGCAAGGGCCUGGCGCGGCGCGGCCGGUCCCCCUCCAGUGGUAGUAGCUAACUUGUACCCCAC